UGCCAUUCAUUUGCAGCGCAGCCACUUAUACAGCGCACCGGCACAUAGGUGAGAUCAGAGCUCAGACUGUCGCUCACUCAUCCUGGGAAGAGAGCAGAAGGAACUGGACCGGCAGAGUCAAACCAUCACACACACACACAGACACACACACACACACACAGAGAUUCAUAAGAGACAGUUUUUGUCUCAAGACGCGCACGGACCGCAGCGCACCGGCCUCUUGGACCAGUUCAAUUACCUGCAGCCUAAUAACAUGGAGCGCAAAACCCCCGAUUUCUCCGGCACCUGGGACAUGAAGAGUUCAGAAAACUUCGACGAGCUCUUGAAAAAGUUGGGUGUGAACAAGAUGCUGCGUAUGAUUGCGGUGAAGGCAGCCUCCAAGCCACUGGUGGAGAUCACGCAGGACGGAGAGACGCUAUCCAUUAAAACCUCAACCACGGUCCGCACCACCCACAUCACUUUCACUGUGGGGCAGGAGUUCAAUGAGGCCACGGUGGACGGACGUCCCUGCACGAGUCUUCCAUGUUGGGAAAGCGACAGUAAGAUCAGCUGUGAGCAGACUCUGCAGAAAGGAGAAGGGCCGAAGACGUCUUGGACCCGAGAGAUCACCAAUGACGGCAAACUGAUCCUGACCAUGGGAGCAGAUGAUGUGAUAUGCACCAGAGUCUACGAGCGACAAUGAACAAGAGCACUUCUCACUUUUCGUCCUUCCAGCCCCCCCCACCAGCUCGCCCUCCCUCUCCUGCGUCACCACUUGCAUCUCUACGCUGGGAGAUAGCAGUCUAUAGUUUUAUUCCAGUAUCUCUGUUAGCUUCACUAUGUAAUACGCGUGGUAACUGUAUCUAGUAUGUCACAUAUCUACACGAUGGUCUUAGGUCCUGAGUUGUCUGCCUGUCUCUCCAGCUCCAUCAAACGUGACCAGCUGGGUUUUAAACAUGAGAAUGUGUGUUGGAUUUGUUGAGUGACGGCUCAUUUAUUUGGCAUUGUAUGUGUGUGUGUGUGUGUGUGUGUGUUUGUGUGGCACCAGACGAGGUGUGAGACUAUAUUUGUAGAUGUGUAAACCAAUCUUUGAGCUCUUCCAGUUUCAGGUCAGUUUUGAUGUGCCCCUCCUCUCUGUUCCUGUAGCCGCCGCCCCACAACUUUAACCUUUUCUAUCUCACGCGAACAUUUUAUAUUUAUUACUACACUAGGAGUCUGAUACAGUACUGCUAAAGUUUUUACUUUGUCUCUUUUAUAUGAAAUGUGAUCAUAGGAAACAACACUUCUAUGUGAAAACAAUAAAGCACGAUAUUAACUCAGCCUGA